UCCGGGGUUGCCCUGGAUCCGCUGGUUCCGUAACAACAUCCCGUUGGCUUCACUCAGGCGGCGGGACCAGUGCAGCCGCCGCCUCCCAGGAGCGCCCGCCGGUCGCGGCCCUUGCCCUCGCCGGCCCAGGCCGCCAUGGCCACCAACCCGCAGCCGCAGCCGCCUCCUCCAGCGCCGCCGCCUCCCCCGCCGCAGCCGCAGCCACCGCCGCCGCCGCCGGGCCCCGGGGCUGGCCCAGGCGCGGCCGGGGCGGGCGGCGCGGGUGCCGGCGCCGGGGACCCGCAGCUCGUGGCCAUGAUCGUGAACCACCUCAAGAGCCAGGGGCUCUUCGACCAGUUCCGCAGAGAUUGCCUGGCCGACGUGGACACCAAGCCUGCCUAUCAGAAUCUGAGACAGCGUGUUGACAACUUUGUUGCAAAUCAUUUGGCAACUCACACAUGGAGUCCCCAUCUCAAUAAGAACCAGCUAAGAAACAACAUUAGACAACAAGUCCUCAAAUCAGGAAUGUUGGAGUCUGGUAUUGACCGAAUUAUUUCUCAGGUUGUGGAUCCAAAGAUCAACCACACAUUCAGACCUCAGGUGGAGAAAGCUGUGCAUGAGUUUUUGGCCACACUAAAUCACAAAGAGGAAGCAAGUGGCAACACAGCUCCUGAUGAUGAGAAACCAGACUCUUCCCUUAUUACACAAGGUGUUCCUGCUCCUGGGCCCAGUGCUAAUGUAGCCAAUGAUGCCAUGUCGAUUUUGGAAACCAUAACUUCUCUUAACCAAGAAGCCAGUGCUGCUAGGGCUUCAACAGAAACAUCAAAUGCCAAGACCAGUGAGAGAGCAUCAAAAAAACUUCCAUCUCAGCCAACCACUGAUGCUAGUACUGACAAAGAAAGAACUUCAGAGGACAUGACUGAUAAAGAAAAAUCUACAACUGACUCUGGAGGUGAAGGACUGGAAACAGCCCUGAAGCCUGAAGAGUUUAGCGACCUCCCCUGUCCAGUUGAAGAAAUUAAAAAUUACACAAAAGAACAUAAUAAUUUAAUUCUGCUAAAUAAGGAUAUUCAACAGGAAAGCAGUGAGCAAAAAAAUAAAUCAACAGACAAAGGUGAAAAGAAGCCAGACAGCAAUGAGAAAGAAAGAAAGAAGGAAAAGAAGGAAAAGACUGAAAAGAAAUUUGAUCACUCAAGAAAGAGUGAAGAUAUACAAAAAGUUAAAGAUGAAAAACAAGCAAAGGAAAAAGAAAUAGAGAGCUUAAAACUUCCUUCAGAAAAGAACAGUAAUAAAGCUAAAACCGUUGAAGGGACCAAAGAAGAUUUCUCUUUGAUAGACUCUGAUAUGGAUGGACUUACAGACAUCACUGUUAGCUCUGUCCAUACCAGUGACCUUUCAUCUUUUGAAGAAGAUACUGAGGAGGAAGUUGUAAUGUCUGAUAGCAUGGAAGAAGGAGAGAUUACGUCAGAUGAUGAAGAGAACAACAAACAGAAUAAAACAAAAACUCAAACUAGUGAUUCUAGUGAAGGAAAAACAAAAAGUGUACGGCAUGCUUAUGUACAUAAGCCAUAUCUUUACUCCAAGUACUAUAGUGAUUCUGAUGAUGAGCUUACUGUGGAACAACGACGACAGUCUAUUGCUAAAGAAAAAGAGGAGAGGCUUUUAAGAAGGCAAAUUAAUAGAGAGAAACUUGAAGAAAAACGAAAACAGAAAGCAGAAAAGACAAAGUGUUCAAAAACCAAGAGUCAAGGCAAGAGUAGUGUGGACUUAGAAGAGUCAUCAACUAAGAGUUUGGAACCCAAAGCCCCCAGAAUUAAAGAAGUCCUUAAAGAACGGAAAGUUUUAGAGAAAAAAGUAGCCCUAAGCAAAAAGAGAAAAAAAGAUUCAAGGAAUGUUGAAGAGAGCUCCAAAAAGAAACAGCAAUCUGAAGAAGAUUCCAAAGAAACCCUUAAAACAAGUGAGCAUUGUGAAAAGGAAAAGAUGUCUUCUUCAAAGGAGCUGAAGCAUGUUCAUGCAAAAAGUGAACCAAGUAAACCUGCCCGGAGACUUUCAGAGUCUUUGCAUGUAGUUGAUGAAAACAAAAAUGAAUCCAAAAUAGAAAGAGAACAUAAAAGACGGACAUCUACCCCUGUUGUGAUGGAGGGGGCACAGGAAGAGACUGACACAAGAGAUGUAAAAAGGCAAGUAGAACGCUCAGAAAUUUGCACCGAAGAGCCCCAGAAACAGAAAAGCACACUUAAAAAUGAAAAGCAUCUAAAGAAAGAUGAUUCUGAAAUACCACAUUUGAAAAGCCUGCUUAAGAAAGAGGUGAAAUCCUCCAAGGAGAAGACUGAAAGAGAGAAAACUCCAUCAGAAGACAAAUUGUCUAUGAAACAUAAAUAUAAAGGUGAUUGUAUGCAUAAAACAGGUGAUGAGACUGAACUUCACUCUUCUGAGAAAGGUUUAAAAGCAGAGGAAAAUAAUCAGAAGCAAAGUCAACAAACAAAGCUUUCUUCAGAUGAUAAAGCCGAACGAAAAAGUAAACAUAGGAAUGAAAGGAAAUUAUCAGUAUUAGGCAAAGAUGGAAAACCAGUUUCUGAAUAUAUUAUAAAAACAGAUGAGAAUGUUCGCAAAGAAAACAACAAAAAAGAGAGACGCUUGUCAGCUGAAAAAACUAAGGCAGAGCACAAGUCCAGAAGAUCAAGUGAUUCUAAAAUUCAGAAAGAUUCUCUGAGUUCCAAGCAACAUGGUGUUACAUUACAAAGAAGAAGUGAAAGUUAUUCAGAAGAUAAGUGUGAUAUGGACUCUACUAACAUGGAUAGUAACUUGAAACCAGAAGAGGUUGUUCACAAGGAGAAACGACGAACAAAGAGCUUGUUAGAGGAGAAACUUACGUUGAAGUCUAAAUCAAAAAGUCAAGGCAAACAGUUAAAAGUUGUAGAAACAGAAUUACAAGAAGGUGUCACAAAACAGUCAGCCACUCCAAAACCAGACAAGGAGAAGAACACAGAAGAGAAUGACUCAGAAAAACAGCGAAAGUCUAAAGUUGAAGACAAACCUUUUGAAGAAACUGGUGUUGAACCUAUGUUAGAGACUGCUUCUUCUUCAGCACAUAGUACACAGAAAGAUUCUAGUCAUAGAGCCAGGUUACCAUUAGGAAAGGAGAAAUAUAAGAGUGAUAAAGACUCCACUUCCACCAGGCUUGAGAGAAAGUUGUCAGAUGGACACAAAAGCAGAAGCUUGAAGCAUAGUAGUAAAGACAUAAAAAAGAAGGAAGAAAAUAAAUCAGAUGACAAGGAUAGUAAAGAAGUUGACAGUAAUCAUGAAAAGGCCAGAGGUAAUAGUUCAGCCAUGGAAAAGAAAUUAAGUAAAAGGUUGUGUGAAAACCGUAGGGGGAGCUUAUCACAAGAAAUGACCAAAGGAGAAGAAAAAUUAGCAGCAAAUACUUUGAGCACUCCCAGCAGCUCUUCCCUUCAGAGACCAAAAAAGAGUGGUGAUACGACAUUGAUCCCUGAACAAGAGCCAAUGGAAAUUGAUUCUGAGCCAGGCAUUGAAAAUGUGUUUGAAGUAUCUAAAACCCAAGACAACAGCAAUGAUAAUUCUCAGCAAGACAUUGACUCUGAAAAUAUGAAACAAAAAAUGGUUGCCACAGUUUUAAAGGAUGAAUUAAGAACUUGCACAGCAGAUUCAAAAACAACAGCUCCAGCUUGUAAGUCAGGCCGAGGAACAGGAGUUAAUAGUAAUUCUGAAAAGCAUUUCGACCACAGAAGUAGCCUGACCAAGAAAAUGCAUUUCCAGAGUGCUGUGUCCAAACUGAAUCCUGGGGAGAAAGAACCCAUUCAUAGAGGAACUGAUGACGUGAAUAUAGAUUAUGAAACUGUUCACAGAGUGUUACCAAGUGUCCCAUCAGAAAAUGACAGGGUACAGAAUAAUUUGAAAAACACAGCCAAACCCACUGAAGAAUGUGUUGCUCAAGGAGAUGUUGUUCCUGAACAUUCCGCAAAUUUAGACUCUUCUCCAUCCUUAAGUUCAGUGACUGUUGUGCCUCUGAGAGAAUCUUGUGAUCCUGAUGUAAUUCCCCUCUUUGACAAAAGAACUGUUUUAGAAGGUGGCACAGCCAGCACUUCCCCUGUGGAUCACUCUGCUCUCCCUAACCAAAGUCUGACUGUUAAGGAAUCAGAAGUCCUUAAGACAAGUGACAGCAAAGAAGGUGUUGACAGUUUCACAGUAGAUACACCAGCGAAAGCAAGCAUCUCUAGCAAAAGACACAUUCCAGAAGGUCACCAGGCUACUUUAUUGGAUGGUAAACAAGGAAAGAUAAUCAUGCCUCUUGGAAGCAAGUUAAUGGGCAUGAUUGUGGAAAAUGAGAAUGUUACCAAAGAAGAUGGCUUAGUAGACGUGGCCAAGAAAGAAAGUGACUUAAAUGCAGAGCCCAAUUUAAAGCAGACAGUUAAAGCAACAGUAGAGAAUGACAAGAAGGAUGGCAGUGCUGUUGAUCAUCCUGUAGGCAUAAGUACAGAAAAAUAUGCUGAAACUGUCAAACUUAAGCAUAAAAGAGGCCUAGGCAAAGUAAAAGACAUAUCUAUUGAUGUUGAAAGAAGGAAUGAGAACAGUGAGGUAGACACCAGUGCUGGAAGUGGCUCUGCACCCCCCGUUUUACAGCAAAGGAAUGGACAAACUGAGGAUGUGGCAACUGGACCUGGGAGAGCAGAAAAGACUUCCAUUGCCACUAGUACAGAAGGGAAGAACAAAGAUGUCACCUUAAGUCCAGUGAAGGCUGGGGCUGCCACAACCACUUCUUUGGAAACAAGAGAGAAUGAAGUGGCUUUGCCCUGCACCAGCAUUGAGGCAGACGAAGGCCUCAUAAUAGGAAUACAUUCCAGAAAUAAUCCUCCUCGUGUUGGUGCAGAAGCCAGUGAGUGCACUGUUUUUGCUGCAGCCGAAGAAGGUGGGGCUGUUGUCACAGCAGGAUUUGCUGAAAGUGAAACCUUCCUCACAAGCACUAAGGAAGGAGAUAGUGGGGAGUGCGCUGUGGCUGAGUCUGAGGACAGAGCAGCAGACCUACUGGCUAUUCAUGCAGUUAAAAUCGAAGCCAAUGUAAAUAGCGUUGUGACAGAGGAAAAGGAUGAUGCUGUAACCAGUGCAGGCUCUGAAGAAAAAUGUGAUGGUUCUUCAAGUAGAGACUCAGAAAUUGUUGAAGGAACUAUUACUUUUAUUAGUGAAGUUGAAAGUGAUGGAGCAGUUACAAGUGCUGGGACAGAAAUAAGAGCAGGAUCUAUAAGCAGUGAAGAGGUGGAUGGCUCCCAGGGAAAUAUGAUGAGAAUGGGUCCCAAAAAAGAAACAGAGGGCACUGUGACAUGUACAGGAGCAGAAGGCAGAAGUGAUAACUUUGUGAUCUGCUCAGUAACAGGAGCAGAGUCCCAGGGGGAACACAUGGUUACAGGUGCAGGUGUUGUCCUGGUAGAUAAUGAUGCACCACCAGGAACAAGCGUCAGCCAAGAAGGAGAUGGUUCUGUGAAUGAUGGUACAGAAGGCGAGAGUGCAGUUACCAGCACGGGGAUAACAGAAGAUGGAGAAGGGCCAGCAAGUUGCACAGGUUCAGAAGAUAGCAGCGAAGGCUUUGCUAUGAGUUCUGAAUCAGAAGAAAAUGGAGAGAUUGCAAUGGACAGCACAGUAGCCAAAGAAUGCACUAAUGUACCAUUAGUUGCUGCUGGUCCUUGUGAUGAUGAAGGCAUUGUGACUAGCACAGGUGCAAAAGAGGAAGAUGAGGAAGGGGAGGGUGUUGUGACUAGUACUGGAAGAGGAAAUGAAAUUGGGCAUGCUUCAACUUGCACAGGGAUAGAAGAAAGUGAAGGAGUAUUGAUUUAUGAAAGUGUAGAAGGGGACAGUCAGAUUGGUACUGUGGUAGAGCAUGUGGAAGCUGAGGCUGGAGCUGCCAUCAUGAAUGCAAAUGAAAAUAAUGUUGACAGCAUGAGUGGUACAGAGAAAGAAAGUAAAGACACAGAUAUCUGCUCCAGUGCAAAAGGCAUUGUGGAAAGCAGUGUGACCAGUGCAGUCUCUGGAAAGGAUGAAGUGACACCAAUUCCAGGAGGUUGUGAGGGACCUAUGACUAGUGCUGCCUCUGAUCAGAGUGACAGUCAGCUUGAAAAAGUUGAAGAUAUCACUAUUUCCACUGGCCUGGUGGGGGGUAGUUAUGAUGUUCUUGUAUCUGGUGAAGUCCCAGAAUGUGAAGUUGCUCACACAUCACCAAGUGAAAAAGAAGAUGAGGGCAUCAUCACCUCUGUAGAAAAUGAAGAGUGUGAUGGCCUUAUGGCGACUACAGCCAGUGAUGAUAUUACCAACCAAAAUAGCGUAGCUGGGGGUAAAAGUCAAGGUAAAGGCUUAAUGAUUUCCACCAGUACCACAAAUGAUUACACCCCUCACAUAAGCGCCAUUAUAGAUGUAGAAGGAGGUCACUCGACUGCUCUGAGAACUGAAGAAAAUAUGGAAGGUACCAGAGUAAGCACAGAAGAAUUUGAGGCCCCCAUGCCCAGUGCAGUCUCAGGAGGUGACAGCCAGCUCACUGCCAGCAGAAAAGAAGAGAAAGAUGAGUGUGCCAUGAUUUCCACAAGCAUAAGGGAAGAGUUUGAAGUGCCUAUCUCUAGUGCAACGACCAUGAAGUGUGCUGAAAGUCUGCAGCCAGUUACUGCCGCAAUGGAAGAAAGGACUACAGGUCCAGUCUUGAUAAGCACCGCCGACUUUGAGGGGCCUAUGCCCAGUGCACCCCCAGAAGCUGAAAGUCCUCUUGCCUCCACCAGCAAAGAGGAAAAGGAUGAAUGUGCUCUCAUUUCCACUAGCAUAGCAGAAGAGUGUGAGGCUUCUGUUUCCAGUGUGGUUGUUGAAAGUGAAAAUGAGCGAGCUGGUACAGUCAUGGAAGAAAAAGACGGGAGUGCUAUCAUCUCUACGAGCUCGGUGGAAGACUGUGAGGGCCCAGUGUCCAGUGCUGUCCCUCAGGAGGAAGGCCACCCCUCAGUCACACCAGCAGAAGAGAUGGGUGACACUGCCAUGAUUUCCACAAGCACCUCUGAAGGGCGUGAAGCAGUCAUGAUUGGUGCUGUACUCCAGGAUGAAGAUCAGCUCACCAUCACAAGAGUGGAAGACUUGAGUGAUGCUGCCAUCAUCUCCACCAGCACAGCAGAAUGUGUGCCAAUUUCUGCCAGCAUCAGCAGACAUGAAGAGAAUCAGCCAACUGCAGACAACCCAGAAGGAAACAGUGACUUGUCAGCCACAAAAGUGAGCAAGCACAAGGUCCCCAUGCCCAGCCUAAUUGCUGAGAAUGACUGCCAGUGUCCUGGGCCAUUCAAGGGAGGCAAAGAACUGGGUCCCAUGAUGGCAGUGAGCACUGAGCAGAGGCAAAAUGGGCUAUCAGUCCAAACCCCUUCUGCAGGGCAAGGCCAUCCAAGCACUGUUUGUGCAGAAGGAGAAGAGAAGCAUGGCAAGGAGUGCCCUGAAAUAGGACCAUUUGCAGGAAGAGAGCAGAAAGAGAGCACUUUACACCUCAUAAAUGCAGAAGAGAAGAAUGUAUUGUUGAACUUGGUUACAGAGACAGCAGCAGGCAGCAGCACAGCAAGUUGUUCAGCAGGUAGGGGCUUACAAGGGAGUGCUAACUCACCUGCCCACCCAAGAGGCACGGAACAGACGUCUGGGCAGACAGCUCAGGAUCCCUCUGUUAGUGUUCACUAUUUGGCAGCAGUAAAUACCGGUGCUAAUGCUGAUGACAUGCCACCUGUCCAAGGCACCACAGUUGAGCAUUCCUUUCUCCCUCCUGAGCAGCAGGGGCCUGAAGAUAACUUGAAAACCAGUACCACCAAAUGUAUUACUGGCCAAGAAUCACAAAUUGCUCCUUCCCACACAGUGAUCCUUCCAGCUACCUACAGCGUAGCUCUGUUGGCUCCUAAAUGUGAGCAGGACUUAGCUAUAAAGAGUGAUUAUAGUGGCAAAUGGACUGAUCAAGCAUCUGCUGAGAAAACAGGAGAUGAUAACAGCACAAGGAAAUCAUUCCACGAGGAAGGAGACUUAACGGCUACUUUGUCUUCUGAAGAAAAUGUGUGUGACAUAGGCAAUGAAGAGUCUCCAUUGAAUGUUUUGGGAGGAUUGGAACUGAAAGCUGACUUGAAAAUGGAGGCUUAUGUGCCUUCAGAGGAAGAGAAACAUCGUAAAAUUUUGGUACCACCAGAAAGUCUGUGUGGGGGAAAGCCAAGUGGAAUAGCUGAACUCCAGAGGGAGCCUUUGUUGGUGAAUGAAUCACUAAAUGUUGAAAAUUCAGGCUUCAGAACAAAUGAAGAAAUUCAUGGCAAAUCUUAUAACAAAGGAGAAAUACCCAGUGGUGGAAAAGACAGCACAGAAGCCGUAGACAGUCACAGUGUUGAAGCAGAUCCUAAAGAGGUUGAAGAGGAAGAAAGGCAUAUGCCUAAAAGAAAAAGGAAGAAGCACUAUCCCUCUUCAGAAGAUGAACUGGAUGAUAAUCCAGAUGUCCUGGAUUCCAGAAUAGAAACAGCACAAAGGCAGUGUUCUGAAACUGAGCCACAUGACACAAAGGAAGAGAACUCUGGCGAUUUGGAAGAAUUAUCUAAAACCAGUUCUGAGACAAACAGCACUGCCUCAAGGGUCAUGGAAGAAAAAGAUGAAUAUAGCAGCAGUGAAGCUACUGGUGAAAAGACAGAGCAGAACGAUGAUGACACCAUAAAAUCUCAGGAGGAAGAUCAGCCAAUAAUUGUUAAAAGGAAAAGAGGAAGACCUCGCAAAUACCCUGUAGAAACAACAUUAAAAAUGAAAGACGACUCCAAAGCAGAUACGGUCAUUGUCACUGUAGAACAGUCUCCACCUAGCAGCAAACUGAAAGUAAUGCAAACAGAUGAAUCCAACAAAGAAACAGCUAACCUACAGGAAAGAAGUAUAAGCAAUGAUGAAGGUGAAGAAAAAAUAGUAGCCAGUGUGCGUCGGAGAGGAAGAAAACCCAAACGUUCUCUCGCUGCAUCAGAUGAUGCUGAAUCCUCAGAGCCAGAAAGAAAACGCCAGAAAUCAGUUUCUGAACCAACGGAGGACAAGAAAGAGCAGGAGUCUGAUGAGGAAGAGGAAGAAGAGGAAGAGGACGAGCCUUCAGGAGCCACCACAAGAUCCACCACCAGAUCAGAGACUCAGAGAAAGCAACAUAGCAAGCCACCUGCACGUGCAGCAUCCAAACUUGGCAGCCCAGACACAGUUUCUCCUAGAAAUCGCCAAAAAUUAGCAAAAGAGAAGUUACCUACCAGCGAAAAAGUUAGUAAAUCUCCCCCAUUAGGAAGAUCAAAGACACAGCUCUCCCCGUCUGUCAAGCGCAAGAGAGAAGUCAGCCCUCCUGGGGCCCGAACAAGAGGCCAGCAAAGGGUAGAGGAAGCCCCCGUGAAAAAAGCGAAGCGAUAAUCCCGACCACUGCUGCCCUAGGCUUAUGGAAGAACAUAGUGGAGAAGAAAGAGACAUGCCUCGGUGGCUGUAGGCUUCUCUUUAACCAGGAAAAAGAUACGCAUGUGCUGUAAGUCCCUAGGUGCAAGCUUUUUCUUGUUAUGUUUUAAACAGCUUUAUAAACUAUUGUUCAUAGAAGAUAUUAUGUACAUUUAUUUCAGAUAAAGGACAAUAAGUUUACUUUGUAUCUGAACUCAAAACAAAGUAGUUGUAUAUUUUAACAUUUGAAAUUGGGAUUUCCCAAUGUGACACAUCAUUAAUGCAAACCCUUCCAGCCCAACAGACACCAGGCUGCCUACUGGUAAUCUGUGUAUAGUAUAUAAACAUGUAAAAAUAGGUUGUAUUUUACUCUAUGUAUGAUGCUAAUCAAUGAACAUUUUAUUUAUUUUACAGAGAAAACUUAUCUGUGAACUUUACUAUAUAUCUGUUUAUUUUACUUUAUUCUUUUUUUUUUUUUUUUUUAAAUAAAAAAGGGUUUUAAAAAUGCUAUGCAGUCAUUAGUAGAAAAUUUUUUAGGUCUCUGCCUGCCCUGUAACUAUCUUAAUAUGAUCUGGCAGAAAUUCGCAUGUAUCCAAGUAAAGUAGUUUAGCUAAAGAAAGGUUCUCCAUUGCUUUUCUGUUCACAGUUGUGACUCUGUUUUUUAAGAAUGUAACUUGUUUUUAGAUUAUACUUGCAUCUGUGACUUUACUACCAGUCCCACUGACAUAAAAUAGGUUCUGGUUCAGGUAAAGUUGCGUCCAGUCACCUGCAGCAGAUACCCCUCUGUUGGUGUUCAUUCCUCUUCUCUGUGCUAUUCUGAAGCUUCUACCAAUACUCUUUCCAUAUGUCUUUUUCAGUAAAGAGAAAUGCAUUGAAGAUUAGGUCACUCCUGUCUACUCAGUUUCAGGAUUUUAUGUUGUUUUAUACACAGUUAUUUCAGUAUAGAAACUGGCUUUAUUGCCACAUGUUUUAUUAAACAUGUUUUAACUCUCAUACGAGCAAACUGUCCAACUUCAGUUUUUCAUAAGAUUAAACUUCUUACGAUCAAAUUUGUCUCUUGCAAUGAUGUGAUGAGUUGCCAAAUAAUUGAGAUUAUUUUAAAAUGUUUUGUUCAUAUUCUUGUUUUAUAAUUAAAAUUUACAUUCAGUGUGGUUUUUUUUUUUUUUAUUUUGAGUCUUAAUGUAAGGUGGAUAUUUCUGUCAUUUUACAUGGUUUCUUACUGAGAUUUUAUAUAUAAAUUAUAAAAUGUUUACCAAAA